AUGAAUCUGUCGGUCCAAAAAAAAUCUACGAGCAGCCUGUUGCCUUCUACCUACUCGGCCUCCACAGACGGUUGGGCAAAUGGGCUGUCAGCCGACACAAGCUUCGCAAAUCCAAAGACGGUGGAAGACCGAUUCAUUGGCAUUGUGGACUACAAAGAGUUUCUUCACAACCCACAUGACAUGUGUGCGCACGCAGCUGGCAGUGUAGCGGAGGCGCGUUACCGCAAAACGCUUGAGUCACGAAUGGGACUAGGUGGCAGCGGUCUCAUGCUGUUUCAUGCCGGCGAUCUUGCAUCUAAUUUCCCGCGCCUGGACCUAAAUGGGGGCGACUACUACCCGUUUUCAGCAGGUUGUGCGAACCGAGGGGAUGGCAUUACGACGAUGGAUGGGCAGCUGCAAUUGCCAUCGUUCAAUGCAGACCUCAUGACGGAGGUGGCGCAGGAGCCAAACGAUGGAUUUUGUACGCCGCCAUCGACCCCCAUAAAAAACCGCAUUGAAGGAGCUCAAAUAAGUUUCCCAUCGUCUCAGAGAACGGCAUCGACCUUUUCUUCACCGAAGCCCACAUUUACCGCGCAUGUUCAAUUGAAUAACGGGUGUCAUACUCCGCUGGCGGUGUCGAAGAAUUGGGGCAUGGGGAAUCAAGAGACUCGAUCCUCCGGCAUGAACGGGGGCUUUAUCAGCGGCAGCCCGUAUAGUUACUCCCAGCGUUGCGACACGCACCGGACAACGCCUGCCCUCAGUACGAAUGGAUUUCCUUCCCCACUGCGUGGGUCUAGGAGUGGUGAUGUUGUCAGCACUCUUGCGACAAGCCCCCAUCCAGGUCGCAAUGCAACAUUGCAUUCAUGCGCUUCACCACAACUUCGUACACCUGUAAGGCAUGAAAAUGAUUUAUUGUGCACACCGACUCAGGGAGGACAUGGAGGAAAUAUCACAGUUUCGCAGGGCGCAAGUCCAGUGUCACGAAGAAGUGUGUUAUAUUCACAACAUGCAACACCUCGUCGACAAGGUGAGACAUGCGAUCGAGUUCUUAGUGCGGAAGGGCUAUCUGUGUGUGAUGACCAGGGACGUCCAAAUUUUACUCCACUAAGCUGGGGUCAUAUGGGUGUCGUCGUUGCGUUGCAACGAAGUGUGUAUCUUUGGCAAGAGUCCGGAAAAACGUAUUUUCUUUUUGAAACCCCAACCGCGGCUACUCUUGUGAGUGCCGUUGCUUCUUCAAUGCGACCUACCGAGAUGGGCGACGUAUUUUUGGCGGUUGGUAUGAAUAAUGGAUUUAUUACGGUAUUGAAAUAUUAUGUGGGGGGCGGCGAUUCCAUUGGAUGUGAUGCGUCCCAAUUCACGCCAACUGGUAUCCUGUUGGAAAAAACAACACAGAGCUCAUUUAUGGGCACCACUUCUCAUGUUAGCACUCUGUAUCUUGUGGGACAUUUUUUGUUUUCUGGUUGCAUGGAUGGCAUUUUGACUGUUCGCAACCUUCGUGAUGGAUCAGUGAUUUGGCAUUCUUCUGGUGCAUAUGCACAGAUAGAUUUGUCUUCUUACGCAUCACGUUUAGCAGAUUACAGUGUGGAUGUUGGGGCACCCAUAUACAAAAUAGAAGCAACACCCGAUGGGGAGCACAUCGCCGUCGGAACAAAUGAUAGUCUCUUUGUUUACCAAACGAAUUGUAUGGGUCCAGAAAAUCGGACAAGACGUCGAGUUGUUUUUUCUGGAGCUCCGCGACCUGUUCGUGCCUUCUGUUGGUGGUCUUUUCCAUUCAGCUCUUCAAAUGGUCGUGCGGUGGACGCACAUCAUGGUUCUGGCAGUGGCAGUAGGUUUGACUUUUUGCACACAGUUCUUCUUUACGGUGGUGGCAGUGAUGGGUCUGUUCUCUCGGUGUACUUUGUUGGUAGUCGCUGCCACAAGACGACGUACCGCAUGUCAGCUCCGAUUUUGGGUAUAGUGAGCAGUGAGGCAUCUGAAGAGAUUUUUUUUCUCUC